UUCGAAUACAGUUGUACGACAGAAAAGAACCAAAGAAAUGCAAUUUCCGUUAUCAAGAGCUACUUAUUGAGUUCGGAAGUUAGAUGACGACGUUUCCUAAGAAUGGCGUUUUUACUGAAGCUUUUUAAGGCUUCCAUGUUCUUAGUUGCAUUUUGCUGCUUGUCCGUACUUAGUUCAGUGUUUUAUUCGGUCUUCUACAAUUUGGUCAUUCCUAGUUCAUUAGUAACAUAUAAUGUUCAUUUUGAGGAAGUAUCAAACUUAAAGGCCACAGUACCGUUGGAUGCAUCUGUGCUAGGAAAGGAAAUUCCUUAUACUGUGGAACUUGAAUGGAGCUUUCCAACUUCCGAGACGAAUGCUCAAAUUGGCAAUCUAAAGGUUGACCUUGCAGUUACUGACAACAGAGGCUUCAACGAAACCACUUCCAAAGUGGUUGUCCUUCCAUACACUUCGUCCUAUCUAAAGAAGCUAAAGGUAUUAGCUUUAGCGCCUUUGUAUAUUACCAACAUUUUGAGAGAGAAGGACAGUGCAAGGGUGACACUCUUUCAAUCGAAGAUUUUACGACCAGCGUAUUACGGGCAUGUCGUCAAUGACUAUGGCAGCUCAAAGCAAGUGACAGCUACUCUUCAGGUGGAUUCGAGUAAGCUCGAAAUUUACGAGGCAAAACUGCAUUUUGUGCCCCAAAUCAAUGAUGUUCGUUCAUUUAUGUACAAACACCGCAUAAUCAGCUUCUUCUUUUUGUCUUCCGUUUUUUGGUUGACGAGUUCGGGCAGCAUGCUUGUUAUCUAUGCUGUAGCCUACUCAAGAUUCCGACAAACAAGUAUGAAAAAGUCUGUAUGAAGCAUCUUCAUGAUGGUUGGAUAAGGGAAUUGUCGUUUGCACUUAAACUGUAAUCGUUAGAAUAAGCCAUGCGGACCAAAAAUAAAAAUGUAACCACGAAAAAGUAAAGAAUGUAUAAAUGCAGUUGAGGCUCUGUAACAUAGAGCAAGUAAGAAUAUAAAUAAACAGCUUUUUGCAAAAGUGUUGGGGCCUCAAUGACA